UCUCCCAACCUCUCCUUUUCAAAACCCUCUCGCUUCCCCCUUUUUUCAUUCCCGUCUCUUUCUCCGGAUCCGGAAAGCCAAAACCCUAGAAAGGUCUCUAUCUAUCUCUCAAUCCCCGCCGUUCAUCUCCGAAACCUGCUUUCUUCAACCGAUCCACACCUCCCGAUAUCUGUCUAGGGUUUCGUCUCACCUCCUCAUUCGUUUCCUCAGCUCUCUCCCUUUCUUGAUCUUUUCCAGGAAUGGCAGUGGCGUCGCAGCAGCAACCUACAGCCGGAUCUGUCCCGACUGCUCAAGUGGUCGGGAACGCGUUCGUGCAUCAGUACUAUCAUAUAUUGCACCACUCGCCCGAGCUCGUGUACCGGUUUUACCAGGAGAGCAGCAAGCUGGGCCGCCCCGAGGCCGACGGCUCGAUGAGCUCGACCACGACCAUGCAGGCUAUCAAUGAGAAGAUCAUCUCUCUUGACUACAAUGAAGUUAGGGCAGAGAUAAAGACGAUCGAUGCACAGGAGUUGCUUAAUGGAGUCAUUGUCCUGGUAACGGGGUAUUUGACUGGAAAUGACAAUGUGAGGAGGAACUUCACUCAAUCUUUCUUCCUCGCCCCUCAAGACAAAGGCUACUUUGUUUUGAAUGAUAUGUUUAGAUACAUGGAAGAUGUUGAACAUCAAAUGGACAAGCAGGGGUUAGCUAAUGGCACAGUGACCCCUUUAACACCUGAGCAUGAGCCAGCUCCAGUUCAGGAGCAUAUUGUUUCUGAGCAAGCUGCUUCAUUGUCAGAGGAAGAAAUUAAUGUCAAGGAAGUGUGUAACCACUCCGACAAUGAAGAUGGUUCAAUUGUUGAAGAAGUACCAAUAGUUGAGGUGGUUAAUGGAACACAAAAUGAUGCACAGAUGGUGGCUGAUUCAAGUUCUACUGCCCUAGAAGAAGUGCCAAAGAAGUCAUAUGCUUCAAUCGUGAAGGUUAAGAAAGAGAGUGCAGCAACGCUUUCAGUUCCUGUUCGUGCACCUUCUCCAGCAAAGCCAUCACCCGUAAAUCCGGAAAGACAAGUGGCCCCCCCUCCAGCACGGGUUGCUUCCCCAACUGAGAUAACCUCUUCGAAUUUGAAUGCCACCGAAAGUGGCAAUGUCCAUGAGGCAGAAGCUGAUGGUCAUUCAAUUUACAUAAGGGGUUUGCCAUUGAAUGCCAUGCCCGCCCAACUUGAGGAAGAGUUUAGGAGGUUUGGACCCAUUAAGAGUGAUGGCGUGCAAGUUCGAAGCAAUAAGCAACAAGGAUUUUGCUAUGGCUUUGUGGAAUUUGAGGCGGCGACUGCUGUUCAAAGUGCAAUAGAGGCUUCACCCAUUAUGAUUGGUGGUCGCCAAGCAUAUGUUGAGGAAAAGCGUGCUUCUAGUUCUCGUGUUAACAACCGAGGUCGGUUUCCAUCUGGGAGGGGAGGCGGCUUCAGGAAUGAUGGAGCGAGAGGGCGUGGGAACUAUGGCAAUGCCAGGAACUACAGCAGGGGGGAUUUCAAUAACAGGGCUGAUUUCGUCAACAGGGGGCCCAGUAGGGGGGUUUUUGCCCGUGGAGGUGAUGGAGGGUAUCAGAGGUUUGAUAAUGUGGGGUCCAGUGGCGGUCGCAUGAACCGUGCCAGUGGAUUCACUGCAGUUAAUGCAAUGGCCAAAAGCAUCACGCCACGGGUGUCUGCUCCUGCUUGAAGCACUGGAUACUUGAAAAAAGUGGUGGGCUGAUGGUCAAAAGCUUUAGAGUUAUGGUUUUGAAGAUUGUGAGUUUUUUAGUGCCUGGGCAGCAAAGCCGAGGGUCUGCGCAAGAGUUUUGAAGCUGUAAGAUCUGUGAAGAUUUCCUCUCCUGCAUUCUUUUUUUCGUUUCUUAUUCCAUUUUGAGCAUAAGCUAGUGAUAGGACGAUGUGGUAGCUGCAAGGUCUGCUGUGUACUAUGUUCACCCUUGUGUUUCUCGAAUCUGGAUCCUCUGUUGCUGGAAAUUAGGAAUUUCCCAUUUCCUGCAUUUUCAUUGGCCCACAUCAUCACUGAUGCAACAAUGCAGUAGUGUCUGAUGACAUGGUCCAAUGAAAAUGCAGGAGACAGGAAAUUCCUGUUUCCCAGGAACAGAAGAUCCGGACUGGAUCCGGACUCA